GCAUUUAAAUCAAGCCAGAGUGACGAAAAAGUCGCACAGCAUGACAAUCGAGAAACAGACAUAUAAACAGACAACAGGCAGACGAGCAUGCGUUUUUUCCUUUGCGCAAAACAAAGCGACCGUCCCAUCCAUUACUACUCUAUGCAAUCCGCCGCCGGCUCGAUGCAUUUUGUCAGGCUUGUCCCAUGAUGUGUUUGUUGUGAUGUGUAACCCAACCAGCCGUCAACAAGAGAGAAAGAAAAAGGACCAAGGAGAAGAGAAGAGAAGAAGAAGAAGAAGAAGAAGAAGAAGAAGAAGAAGAAGAAGAAGAAGAAGAAGAAGAAGAAGAAGAAGAAGAAGAAGAAGAAGAAGAAGAAGAAGAAGAAGAAGAAGAAGAAGAAGAAGAAGAAGAAGAAGAAGAAGAAGAAGAAGAAGAAGAAGAAGAAGAAGAAGAAGAAGAAGAAGAAGAAGAACAAAGUUAUACAAGAAGAUGAAGGGCAAAAGAGAAAAAGAAGUUGAAAUAAAAGAAGAAGUUGAAGGAGGUGAAGAAGUAGAAAGAUGGAAAACGGGAAGAAGAGGACAAGGGGAGAAAAAAGCCGCACGAUCCGAUCCGACCAACCCUAAUGCCAAAACAACAACCCAGCCUCCGCCCCAGAAACCGUCCAUGCUAUGAGAAAUGAAAAAAAUUCCCUCAGCAACAAAGGAGAUCUCUCAAAUGAAGGGAGGGGCGGAAUGACAAAAAACCCCGGUCCUUGGCUUUUGGAGAAGCCUUAGAUGAAAGAACUUUUUUUGUUGUAGUUUGCGUGUCCCGAUGAAACCAGUCCGGUCCCCAUGAAAACGCCGCGCUAUAAAAACCGGAAGACGGAACAACAGGCAAGCUGUCUACGCUGUGCGUGGUCGAGUGAUGAAGAGGAGGAGCGAGAACACGACGCCGUUUAAGAGCUGCGAUACCUGUUAGCUGCGUGUCCG